GAGCUCAGUGUGGGCUGCGCCGGGCGGAGGCCGCCGCGCCGUGGUCCCGGGCGGGCGGGAGGCGGCCGUUAGUCGCUUUCAGCCGGCGUUAACCGCCGCCCUCCCCCCCCGGUGCUACCCGGCGGCAUGAGCAGCGGCGCCCGGACCCGCGGCAGGAGGAGGAGGGCCGCCCGUCUCAGCCCGCCGUCCUCCGCCAGCUCCGAGGGCGAGGAGCCCCUGAGUCCCUCCGGCUGCUCCCCGCUCUCCCCCGCGUCCCGCCCCAGCUCCCCGAGCGGCGAGGAGGAGGAGCGGGUGGCGGCCUCCCGGAGCCGACAAGGCGAUAGGAAGGCUGAAGACUCUGAAAUAGCAGUCAGAGAAAAGGAGUCACCUUUGAAAGAUAAUCUCUCACCAUGGGAAGAAUGGUUCAUUGGCAAAGAGAAGGAGCUACGUGCCCGCUUACAGGCUAGAGCUGUGGAGGAAAUGAAUAUACAGCUUGAGAAGAUGAAGCAAAAGCAAGAAUGUGAAAGGAGGAAAAGGAUAGCUGAAGAGAAGCACAAGGAAUGGGUCCAAAAAAAAAGAGAAGAGGAAAGAAGGGAAAGGGAACGAAAGCUGAGCAAAGAAAUGUCAGAAAAAGCCACAAAGGAACUAGAAAAAAUGCAGUUACAAGAAAAGGCCGAAUUAAAGUAUAAAGAAUGGUUAAAGAAGAAGAGAACUGAAGAAGCAGAAAAGAAGAGGAAGGAGAAGGAAAAAGAAAAAGAAAGGGAAGCAGAGCUACAGGAGAAGAAAACAAGAUCAGAGAAGAUCUUUAAGGAAUGGCUACAUAAUGCUAGAAAUAAACCGCGCCCUGUUUUAAAUGGUUAUGGCUUCCCACGUGGGAAGUCUACAGGGUGUGCUGAUGGAAGUUUGUAUCCAGCUCCAGCGUACUGUAACCCCAUUCCUUGGAAACCUGUACAUGUUCCUCCUCCAAAGGAAGACAAUGUUCUUAGCAUGAAGAAGAGUAAGAGACCUGUAUCUUGCCGGUCACAUGCGUCUUUGGUAAUUUAUAAGCCCAAGAACAACCCUUGUAUUGGAUCCUUGUGCAGAAAGCAGUUAUAGUACUGAAAACAAAACUAUUCCUAUGAUCUUGAGUGAACUGGGCCAUAAAUAUGAAGUUAUAUGUAGUUAUAUGUCCAAAACAGGCUGCUUUCUGCUUUUUUUUUUUUUUUUAAUUUUUGUGAACAGGUGUUGUAUUUACAGCUGACCAAUCAGUUUUUUAUAUAUGGUUUUUUAUAUGUUGCAUUUUAGUAACAAAAAAAAAAAAAAAGUAAUAUUUAGCCAAUUCUAAUGACACUGUACCUCAAUACCAAUAAAAUUCACAGGAUUGUUUUUUCCUUU